GGACCCGCUCCCAGCCCGCCCGAGCGAGACUCCGCCAGGCCUGGGGCGUGAGCUGGCCGUCGGGGAGCCCGGCCCGCCUUUGGCUGCGGACUGAGCGAAGUUGAGAGGGGAAGGUAUUGAGCGCAGCCCGGUCUGCGCCUGGGCUCUGUCUAGGCUCGGAGCCCGCGCCCAUCCCCGUGGCGUCCGGGACUGCGCGCUCGCCAACGGCCGCCUGCUCCUCUUGCUUCUGCCCAGCUCACGUUUUGCAGAGCCGCAGCAGCGGGGCUGACAUGAUGGCAGCCAAGCAAGCCGAGCUCAUGGGCAUCUGCUCCAGCUACCAAGCGGUCAUGCCUCAUUUCGUGUGCAUCGCCGAGGAAUACCCCCAGCCCAUCCGCCCCGCCAAGAUCCCCAAGGGCAAGCUGAGGAGACCGAGACAGUCCCGCUUCAAGACCCAGCCGGUGACUUUCGAUGAGAUCCAGGAGGUGGAGGAGGAGGGGGUCUCCCCCAUGGAGGAGGAGAAAGCCAAGAAAUCCUUCCUGCAGUCCCUGGAGUGCCUGAGGAGGAGCACCCAGAACCUGAGCCUGCAGAGAGACAAACUCAGCAGCUGCAAACUGCGGAACAGUUUGGACUCUAGUGACUCUGACUCUGCCCUGUGAAGGGACCGUCAGUGAUCACCCAGCGCAGCAGCUUUGCGAUCACCCUCGACCGAGAGAGGCGGGACUGUGCUUCAUAGUGAAGCCCGCAGCCGCGAGACACAAGCGCAAGAACUUUAUAGUUAUAUUUUUCAAGGGAGACUAUUUGUGGAGAUCCUUGCUACCGAGAAUUGCUUUCCCAAUAACGGCCAUUGGACACUCUCUUUUGUAUUCUAGAUUAGAUCCUAACUGUCAGUCAGUAUGGCAAGGGGGGGACUUUGAAGGGACCAUGAUGGAGGCUUUAUUUAAGAGGGGGGUGACGUUCCUUUGUAAUUAUCCUCCUGAUAAAGAACCAGUCGGAGUGGGAUAGAUUCCAAGAGCAAUUUGCAAGUAAGGUCAGGAUGUUUUCUAAGAAAGCACUUUUAUGUUUGUUUCUAUUCGGUUGUAUGAAACUUCGGAUGAAAAAAAAAACUUUUCUAUUUGUUAGAAAUCUGAGCUGUUUUGGAUGCAGUGAGCUGCUGGACUUUAUAUUUAUUUUUGCAUUUAAAUUGACUGCAUUAAUUUAAUAUCUUUCUACCUGAAUGUCUGUUAUUAUUUCCAUAAAAGAGAAAUAAAACUCAAUAUAUUUGCAUAGUG